AUGGAGAACGAGCAACCCGAGUUGAAGUGGUCUGCACCAUUUGCCGUCGUGCCUCCCAUCAAAUCUGCCUCAAGAGACCUGCGCGGUGACAAGAUCCUGCUUCCCCAGUCCGCCCUUGAACAAUUGCUCGCAGCGUCCCCGAGACCACCCGCGCCCUCUAAUUCGACCUUCACUUCCUACGAUCCCUUCAAUCCAUACGCGCGACAGCAGCAGAGUCUCUAUCACGAAACCUCCCAGCAACUACCGAACCCUUUGAUGUUUCGGCUGGUUAACCAAAAGAAUGGAAAUACUGUAUACGCCGGCAUCCGCGAGUUUUCGGCCGAGGAAGGGGACAUUGCAUUGGGGCCAUAUCUCAUGGAUGCUUUAGGGCUACUUCCGACUGACUUUUCUGACGAUUCUCUCCCAAAAGAGCCAUCUGAGUCGACCUCUGACAUGGUCCUCGAUACUGAACCACGGUUGAUGGUCCACGCCAAGCAACUACCCAAGGGCACCUACGUCCGGCUCAGACCCCUCGAAGCCGGCUACGAUCCCGACGACUGGAAGUCACUUCUCGAACGCCAGCUGCGCGAAAGCUACACAACACUCACAAAGGAUACGGUUCUGUCUGUUCGCGGCGUCAAGGGCGAGGAUUUCAAGUUCUUGGUCGACAAGUUCCUGCCAGAAGGUGACGGCAUUUGCGUGGUCGAUACAGAUCUGGAAGUGGAUAUUGAGGCUUUGAACGAGGAGCAGGCCCGCGAGACUAUGCGCCAGAUCAUGGCCAAAGUUCAGCCUGGUACUUCCAAUGGAAGCUCAAUAGGAGGCGAGAUCGACGUGUGGAAGCCUGUCAAUGGCCAGGUCUUGCAUGGGGAAUACGUCGAUUACGAACUACCCUCUUGGGACCGGACUCGGCCCUUGACGAUCGAGCUUUCCAAACUUGCUCACCCUGAUCGUAUCGACCUAUUCGUCAGUCCGAGAUCAGCACGACAGCGAGCACGACCGCGAGAUUCCGAGUACGUCUUUGGCAACUUUAAUCCCGCUGAAGACGGCAUCAAAUCCAUUACUAUACAACCCACGAAUGUCGAGAUGGAGACUGCUGAAGAGCUUCUCGUUUCAGUCUAUUGCUACCCGCUGGUAGACAACGACCAAGUCCCAAACCCAGCAUCCUUUCAACUCAGGGCCAGAGCUGAGGCGGGACGAGGAGCAGUGUAA